AUGGCCAAUGAUUCUACCGUCUCGUGGACAGAAGACGCUUUAGGGCCUGUCAGUAACUUGCGUGGGUUUGACUUUACCUUGACCUUCGAGCAGGUUGUCCUGUCAAUCAUCCCGUCCACAGUCUUGCUGCUAGCAGGACCACCUCGACUGCUCUAUCUCACUCGGUGUCACUUAGAGACCUGUUCUCAGCAGAAGAAGUGUCUCUACAAGCUGAUCGCCUCAUCCAUCAACCUAGCUCUACAAGUAUCCUUGCCGGUGUUAUGGAGCGUAUCACCAUCCUCACGGACCCCAACGAGCAUCCCCGCCGCCUCUCUAAGCCUCGUCAAUGCGAUCAUAAUUAUUGGGCUUUCCUAUGUUGAAGACCGCAAAUCAACGAGGCCCUCUUCUCUACUAACUAUUUAUCUACUUCUCUCAAUACUGUUCGAUGCAACACAAGUUCGAACAUCAUGGCUGACACAUCGAAUUCCCAUGGCAGCGGUCCAGAGCGCCAUUACCGGGACAAAACUCGCCAUGUUACUGCUGGAGAUGCGAGGGAAGGCAUCUUACCUCAAGUCCCCGUACAGGGACUAUCCUCCGGAGGCAACCAGCGGCAUUGUCAAUCUCAGCUUUCAGAAGCUCAUGGGGAACCGAGACCUUGAUGAUCUUGAACCCGGGCUUGCCUCUGGCCUUGCGGGCGAACGACUUAAGAGAGUGUGGGAGAAACACGGGAGCGCAAAAAGUAAGCUCUCGCUACCUUGGGUAUUCGUUCGCUGUUUCUGGAUGGAGUUUCUCGCCGUGGUGUGGCCUCGACUGUGCUUGAUUGGAUUCAGCUUCGCUCAGCCUUUUCUGAUCAUGGCGGCGGUUCAGCAUGUAGAGCGACCGAUGACUGCAAAGACCCAGAAUCGUGGCUAUGGCCUCAUUGGGGCAACCUUCCUAGUUUAUCUGGGCAUCGCGUUCUCGAAUGUCCACUACAGACAGCGCUUCUCCCGGGUGACCACGUUAUUCCGAGGCGCAAUGAUCGCGUUAAUUCAUGACCGGACAUUAACACACCAAGAUGGUCUCUACACAGAAAGUGCCGCGCUCACACUGAUGAGUACUGAUGUUGACGGCAUCAUUGAGCAUUUGGAGAACAUGAAUGAUGUCUGGGCCCGCACGAUAGAAGUGGCUAUUGGCAUAACUUUGCUUGGUCUUCAGCUGGGUGCGACUUGUAUCGUUCCAUUACUUCUUACACUGGCAUGCCUAAUUGGCCAGAAGUUGGUGGCAAACUCCAUCGGAAAUGACCAACAGAACUGGAACCUGGAGAUCCAGACGAGGGUCAAGAAUACCUCAGCCGUUCUGGGUUCCACGAAGGCAAUCAAGGUAUUGGCAGCAACUUUGCCCCGAAUAUGGUCCUCUGUCAUCACCUUCAUCGUUUAUGCGAUCCAAGCACGGAUCCGAGGUGACGACUCUCUAACUACAGUGAAAGCAUUUACGGCGCUGAGUAUCAUCACUCUCGUUACUACACCCGCAGAAAAGCUUCUCGCCGUUUUACCACAGCUGGCGGCGGCCAUGGGGUGCUUUCAGCGUAUUCACGAGUAUAUAACAUCGGACCCAGUAAAGGAUGGUAGAUUAGGACGUGAUCAAGCCCUAAUGUUGAAUUCGGCGAUCUCUCCGGCCGACGCAGAUGAAGAAGGGUUCGCACCGCGAACUGACAAUAAAGAGAAAGAAGUUGCCAUCAAAUUGGACAACGUCACAGCGCUACCCUCACCAAAGGCAAUAUCUGUCGCUCUACAGAAUGUGACCUUCAAAGUAACGAGGGGCAAUCUGCUAGUAGUAACCGGUUUUGUCGGUUCAGGCAAGACAACUCUACUCAAGACAAUCCUAGGUGAACUUGGCUGUCAGUCAGGGACUGUCUCUGUCGAAUCGAAGCGCAUCUCCUAUUGCAGCCAGAACCCCUGGUUGCUAAAUACAACAAUCAAGAAGAGCAUCACUGGCCUCGCAGAUCACAAAUUGGAUGAGAAGUGGUACCAAACCGUCAUACGUUCGUGCUGCUUAGAGGAGGACAUUCGCCGCUGGCCCGACGGAGAUCAGAGUGAAGUUGGAAGCAAAGGCCUUACUUUAUCAGGUGGACAAAAACAAAGAGUGGCAUUGGCUCGUGCGGUAUACAGUCGCCAGGAUAUAGCUUUGCUAGAUGACAUCUUAUCCGCCUUGGACAUGCAGACUCAGGAGAUGAUCAUUGCACGACUCCUUUCGGAUAAUGGAAUAUUUCGCCAACUGGGAACAGCAGUGGUCCUUACAACCCACAACCCCCAACUGCUUAAGGUGGCAGACAGCGUAAUCUCACUUAGUGCAGAUGGACAGGUCGAGCUUCAGACAAUGGGUAUGGAUGCCAUUCAAUACGCAGCUAUAAUUCGCGGAAUAGAAGAUACGGGUGCUGAAGAGGGCGGUCUAAAGGAGAAGACUUGUGAUGAGGCAGCUAGAUCGUCCGACGGCCCGGGGAAUGAGGUGGGAAAUGAGGAUCGAACCAGGCAAAUCGGAGAUUUAUCGGUGUACUCCUACUAUGCACGAAUUAUUGGUCCUUUUCUAUGUACCGUGUUCCUCUUUGCCCACGCCUUCCUAGCCUUCGCCGAGAACUUUCCGCGAGUAUGGCUAAGCAAGUGGACCGAAGCAGGCGGCGACCAACUUCCGCUAUACCUAUCUGUCUAUAUUGUUUUGGCACUGGCCGCAUCGGUGCUUGUCCUGGGCUGCAUCUGGGCCAUCUUCCUUGAACUGAUGCCAAAGUCGGCCAUCCGUUUGCAUUGGCGGCUACUGAACGCUGUCAUUCGAGCACCUCUGUCCUUCUUCUCCACGACCGAUAGUGGUGUGACACUCAACCGUUUCAGUCAGGACAUGACCUUGGUAGAUCUGGCGUUGCCUAUAUCUCUAAUGUCUUUGGGGCAAUCGUUUUUUGGAUGCAUCGCUACUGCAGGCUUGAUCGCGACAGGCUCAGCAUACAUGGCCAUCACGAUACCGGUGACAUUGGUGGUCCUAUACUUCUUGCAGAAGAUAUAUUUGAAGACCAGUCGACAGCUGAGAUACCUCGACCUGGAGUGCCGAAGUCCCUUGUACUCUCACUUCGUUGAGGUUCUUGAUGGAUUGCCUACGAUCCGAGCCUUUGGUUGGCAGGUCGCGUCGACUGAAGUUCUGAUUCAGCACCUGGAUCAGUCCCAAAAGCCAUACUACAUGCUAUUAUGCGCGCAGAGAUGGUUAAAUCUGGUACUGGAUAUUGUGGUGAUGGCAUUGGCGACCAUUGUGGUGGCACUAGCCGUGGAGUUGCAUGAGAGCACCAAUGCGGGCCUCCUCGGCGUAGCCUUGAACAAUAUUCUGGGAUUCAACCAGCUACUAUCGUUUUUCAUCACAUCGUGGACUACCUUUGAAACCUCACUCGGAGCAAUUGCCCGCGUGAAGUCCUUUGUAGAGACCACGCCGUAUGAGUUUCGGCCCGGUGAAACUUCAGAACCACCAGUGUCGUGGCCUGAGCAGGGAGCAAUCCACAUCCAGGGCCUCUCUCUUUCCUACCCCAAUGGAACGUCAGCAUUGUGUGACAUUUCGAUGUGCAUCGCACCGGGCGAGAGAAUAGGUAUCUGUGGCUGUACGGGCAGCGGUAAAAGCUCUUUCAUACUCGCCUUACUCCGCCUUGUAAACCCAUCCCAUGGAUCAAUCACCAUUGACAGGAUUAAUAUCGACAGUAUUUCUCCAGCAGCAAUCCGCGAGGCCCUAAUAGCCGUCCCCCAAGAUCCAUUCACGCUCCUAGGUACCGUACGGUACAACGCAGACAUCAUGGCCGCUUCCAACGACGAAGAUAUCACAUCUGUACUAAAGCAAGUUGGCAUCUGGGAAGCCAUUGAAAGCCGAGGUCUGGAUGCCAUUCUCGAGGAUCACCCAUUGUCCCAAGGAGAACAACAGUUAUUCUGCUUAGCACGGGCCAUUCUCAAGAAACGAACCCGCAAAGGUGAAUGUCAGGUCCUGAUCUUGGAUGAAGCCACCAGCAACCUUGAUAGCGGGACGGAUCAUCGCACCCAACAGGUAUUAAAGGAGGCUUUUGACGGCUGCACUGUUGUCAGUGUAGCUCAUAGGCUGGACACGAUCAGCAACUUCGACAGAAUUGCCGUCUUAGACGCGGGACGUCUAGUUGAGUUUGAUACACCACAGCGUCUUCUCGCGAGAGAUGGACUUUUCCAUCGAAUGGUCUCAGCAUUCGAGGAAUAG